UCAAUUAGUUUUAUAAACGGAAAGUAAUGUAUUUGUUGUCAAAUGUAUGCAAUGAUUGUGAGAACCAAUUGAUUGGUUGAACAGCACUUAAGUGAGAGUUUAUCUCAAUUAUAAUCAAUGACUUUAACAAUGAUAUCAUUUUUUCUGAAUAUUAUUUUAAACCAUUUCUACACUUGAAAUGUCUUUUAUUUUUCAAUACAAUCACUUGAUUUGAUUGACAAUUAGUGAUCAUAUGUUUACAAUCAUAACAUUUGUAAACAACUAUAGUAUUGCAUCAAAUUUCAAGUCAUUAACUAAUAAAUCAUUGGCAGCGGUGGUCACACAUAUGGAUUGGGUUAGCGAUGAAUGGCGUGAAUUGUCUCUACCGGAACUGUUGUCAUACACAGCAUCUGCAGGGAUAAUCUUUGGAGGAGUACUGCCAUAUGUCCCACAAUAUAAACAAAUCAAAGACAAUGACUCUUGCGGUGGAUUUUCAACAUAUGUUUGUUUGGCACUACUCUUAGCUAAUAUACUUAGAAUACUCUUUUGGUUUGGUCGACAUUUUGAAACACCACUUCUCGUACAGUCUAUUGUUAUGAUAAUAGCAAUGAUUUUGUUGAUAGAGCUAUGCAUUCGAACCAAUAAUAAAGAUCUAUUGAUUCCAAACAAGAAUCGAUUCUUCAUUGAAACACUAAAAUCACAUCCAAUUAAUAACCACUUAAUUAAUGAUAAGAAAUGCAUGAAUGAUAAGAAUAGCAUGAAUUACAUAAUAAACCCAAAAUCGGGUUCAGUUUAUUUCAUUGACUUAAAGAGUAGUGAUGGAAAUGUUUGCAAUUUUCAACCAAAAAAAUUUUUUGACUUUGAUGUACGCUAUUUUUGGCAAUGGACAGAUUUUAUUAGUUAUAUUGAAUUUUUGGCCACAUUUACUAUAAUCACUGGAGUUUUAAUCUAUAUAAUGUUAGACGUAUCAAUUUUUGUCGAAGCCAUUGGUUUUUUAUCUGUUUUUAUUGAAGCUUUAUUAGGAGCUCCGCAACUAAUAAAAAACUAUCAAAAUAAGUCAACACUGGGAAUGAGUAAGCUAAUGGUAUUCAUGUGGACAUUUGGUGAUGUAUUUAAGACAUCAUAUUUUAUUAUAAGACAAGCACCGGUACAAUUCUGGGUGUGCGGUUUACUUCAAGUUUCAAUUGAUCUGUUUAUUUUUGGACAAAUUUUAUAUUAUAGAAAACCAUAUAAAAAAGUUUCAAAAUCUUAUAUUCAUUGAGAUUUUUAUACAUUAAAAUACAAU